AUGAGUAGCAGUAGCAAUAACAAUGAUAUCCAGUUGAUAAAGAAUGAUAAGUUGGAGAAUAUAAAGAAAGUGACGAGUAGACUACAACUGUUUGUUGCCAAUGGUGAUGUACUGUUCGCAGAGCCACCAGUGAGGAACAAUCACAAGGAUGAUGUCAAUGAAUUGAUUGUACUGUUUGAAACAAGUAACAAGGCCAUUGCACAAGGUAUCAACGUUGAUGACUCCAACUAUGAACUACACCGUUGCUUUGAAGACAUGGUAGUAGGAAGAAAAGGUGAAGAGUCCACUGGAGAAGGUGUUGCAUUCAUAAAGUGUCCGACCAAGUCUGGCUCAUACAUCUUUAUGCUGGUCACCUAUCCAUUACCUACAUUGUCCGCCAAGAUAGUUCCAAUGAUGAAGGAAUACUGCGCAGCCUACAACAUG